AUGACACUGGAAAACCGUGGGAGCGCGAACGAGAGCUCGCCGUGCAGCGCUACGACCGAACACACUCCGUUUGUGGUAUUCAACUGCGCCCUCCUCAGCCUGUCGUUGCUGUUCGGCGUCUCCGGGAACCUGCUCGUGUGCUGGGUGGUGUUAAGGAACAAAACUCUGCGCACUGCCAACAACGCGCUGCUGGUCAACCUGGCCGCGAGCGACCUGAUCAAAUGCUCCGUGGACACGCCGGUGUUCCUGGCGUCGCUGCUCUGGGCGCUCGUGCGGACGGAGGUGGGCGCGCGCCUCUGCUGCCUGCUGCAGUUCACGUACGCGCUGUGCAGUUGCGUGCAGUUGCUGAGUCUCGUGGGCAUCAGCGUGGAGAGAUUUCGGGCUAUAGCCUUCCCAUUCAAGGCUGAGGCGCGUAGAGGCAGAGUCCGCGUGUGGCUCCUCUUUAUUUGGGCACUCGGCCUCGUGCUGGCCGUGCUCUCGCUCACUCUGAGCAAAGACACACUCUACUACAUGAUGUGCACUCAUGUGCGCCCGCACGGUAUCUCCAACCCUAGCGCGGAUCCGUUUGGCGUGUUUGUGUUGGUGCCCGUUUGGGGAUGUUGCCUUGUUUUAAUAGCGGUUCAUUAUUUGCGUAUUUUUGUGGUGGUCCGACAGCACUCUAAUAAAAUAUUUGACAGAGGAAUCCAGCUGAAACACUCCAUGUCGAGACAGGUGUCCGGCUGGCAAAACUUCUCACAGCACGCGCAACGCCCGAGCGGCACGCUAUCCAAACCCUGCGAGCACGUGCCUGGGGAAAGGCCGUCACCGCUGGAGGAGGAGGAAGGGAAAGCGCCCGUACCGGAGAUGCCGCCACCGGCGCCGCAGGAGAGUGGUAAAGCGGCCGUGUCAUCCCCAGAGAUCGUGGGUGCGGUGUGCAUUCUGACCCCAAAGGCGAAAGAACUAGGGCGGAAGCGUCUGGAGGGCAAGCUGGCCAAGCGCUUCGGGUCCAUCAUCAUCGCGGUGCUCCUCUUCUGGAUGCCCCUGGUGCUGUGCCUCAUCCUGGGCUCCUGCGCAGCGACUCACGCCGAGGACUGGAUGUUCCGGGAGGUGCAGACGUCCGCGAUGGUGCUGACCUGCGUGCCUGCGGCGCUCCACCCGCUCAUCUACUCCCUACUCAACCGACAGUUCCGCGCAGAGUUCCACAGGACUCUCUCUGCGCUGCGGACCUGCGCAAGGUGGCGGGACUGAGCCCUGUCGCUUGACUGCCUCCGGACAUGUUUCAGCCUAGACGCGACUCUUUUCCCGGUCACUCACUUUAAGCCAGUCUGGAGACAUCCGCGCCACCCGGUCGUGCUAAAAAACUACCUCCUCAAUGAACUAUAAAACGAGAUCUGCGAACCUUUCCAGCAUAAAUAAACAGAAUCAAAAUGGUCGGUUGUUGGUUCGAAGGUGGAGGACUGAGGCUAAUUUUGCAGCUGGUAGCCUGUUCAGCCUGUGUUCAGUAUGUAUUUUUAAAAUGAUGUGUUGACUGAUACAUUGUUCUAGCCUACACCAAGGGAAAACAUUAUUAGACAUGAAUCAUUUGUACACUCGAGAGGUAGCAUACGCAUGAGUGAUUGUGAAUUGACAUCAGUGAUAUUUGAACAGCUAUAGUCUUGAUAUGCUUAACAAGUUGUGUUAUUGUAAGAUGAGUGCACUGGCUAUAUGAUUUUAUUUAAUGUGUUACCUAACCCACUGUCCAAUACUACAAGUGUUUUGAUGCCAACAUUAUGACAGGCCUAGUAGCCUGUGGGACACCGAAACAGGCCAUGGGGUAGCCUAUGUCAGUCUGCAGCAAAGACAGGCUAUGUAAGUGAAUUAUCUUUGUUUUAACUUUAAACUAGUCUGGAGCAUAACCAGUGGUCACUUAUGAAAAACAAAGACUACGUUUUGUAAUUAUAGCUUCCUCUUCACUUAUGACGCCACUACGCCAGUUUCCUCAUUUAUUUCUUUAAUAAAAAAUGAGCCGAGCCUGUAAUUCUGCAGUUAGACAUCCACUAGAGGUCAUCACCGCUCUGUCUGUGACGGAAGUUGGCGUUAGUGGAUCACUGGCUAACUGGCCAACUCUGCUUCUCCAAUGUUCACAUCUUCACGACGAUGGACUAAAAAAUUCUCCAAAAGAUGGAGCAAGCCAGAACAAACAUGUGUGACGUUCUUGUGCAUGUUAAUUACUGGAGCUUGAUGGUGUUUUAAGCCCCCAAUGUCUUCCAGGCAGCGCUGCAAGGCACUUAACCAUAACCCUUGCCUAACCCUAGUGCCUUCCAUGCAGCGCUGCCUGGAAGACGACGUUGGGGGCUUAAAACACCACACAGGCAGCCAGACCAGUGGGUAACCUGUCUCUACUGAACGACGGCCUGGUUGUUACCUGGAUGGGAGACCGCCUGGGAAAAACAGGUUGCUGCUGCAAGUGGUGUCAGUGGUACAGCAGGGGGCACUCUCCUAGUGUCCAGGUGGCUCUCUGAUUGCCCAGUGCUGAUUGGUUCCCUCUCUGGUGUCCCUUCCCCUCACUGUAAAGUACUCUCUCUCAGGAACCCCUAUUCUCCCAGGGAAACCCCUAGUCUUCGCUAAGUGUCAUGGGAUCAUGAAUGACCUCAGUUUAGUGUCUCAUCCAAAUGACAGCACAGCGCAGCACAUACAGCAGUGUCCUGUCACUCCACUGGGAUGAGUUCCUUUGGCCAGAGGGAAGGCUGCCCCCUACUAGCACUCCCACAUCAGCAGCCUGCUUCUCCAGGAGGUCUUCCAUCCAGGUACUAAACAGGGCCUCUGCUGCUUAGCUUCAGUCAUGCAGCAGAGGCCAGCUACCCAUUGGUCUGGCUUUUGGCCCACUGGACACAUGCUGCCAGUCCAGUAAUAAACGUCACACAGGAGAUACAGCUCAGCUGAAUACAGUGUUUCAUGUUCGAUGUUCAUGUUCUACAAAAUGGGCAGUUUCACCAUCAGGGUAACGGCAUGCCAGUGGGUGUUCCUGACAGUAGCAAAUGACUUGAAGUAUAACCGUAAUUUGAUUGGUUGGUGCUGUCCGUCGAUUGGCUUGAUUGGCCGGUGCACUCUGUUGGUGCAGCAACAGCUGAACUUCUCAAUGCGAGCAACGGGAGAAACGUGACGCAACGGACCCACAAUUCAGUUCGGCACCGGAUGACGUAAGCCCAUGUAAAGUGAAUGAGAUGCGUCUCCAGCACUGCAACGCACCCAGCUGUGUGUAGAGGCCGUCAGCGCUUUGUUUCAAAAGGCCUAGGAAU